GAUUCGGGGAGGGGGUAUAUACGACCGCGACGUCGUCCAAGGCGAACGACUAUGUCGAGGAAUGAGGUGGCUCGUCGUAUCGGGUGAUGCUCCUCAGCGAGGUUGUGAUAGGAAACGAGGCCCUGACGACUACUAAUCACGAGACGCCCACUGAGCCACCUUAUGGAUACGACUCUGUAAUUGGCGUACCUGGAGCAAACUCAGUGUUAAACUAUGAUGAGGUAGUUGGUGAGUGGGUUUCUAUCAACCUGGACCUUCUAUACGAAGAUUGAACUGAGUGUUCGUCUUCGAAUUCAGUAUACGAGGUGAUUAUACGCUGGCUUUUAGG